AUGGACAACACUAGUUUAAAAGAGUUAUGUCACACGCUUCAGAUUAUUCAAAACAAGAUAUCUGAAUGCAAUCAUGAACAAAGAAAGGUCAUCAAGAAGAUAACAACUAAAAGAGCCUUGUUACAAGAAGCAUAUCAAGUAUUGCAAAGUGAUCUUCAAAACGCGCUCUUGGAGAAUAAAGCCAAUGUCCAAAAGAUGCCACGACCCAUUUCGAUACCAGAUGAUCUAGUACCUUUAUUGUCUAAUUCAAUGACAGAAUUUACCAUUGCUAAAAAUGACUUGAUAACAACAACAACAACAACAACAAAAAUUGGCCUCACCAGCUGUCGAGCUUGGUUACGCCCGAGCCAAAGGGUUUGGAUUCAAGCAGAAGGCAUUGUUUUAUCAUCUAUUGAUGAGGCUUACUUAAGUUGCUUACCAAACAGCUUAUUACCGGAGACUAUCUAUUUAAAUCGCCAUCUAACAGGAGAUAAGGCAUACUUUUAUUGUUCUUUUGAUCUAUUACCAGAUAUACAACCAUCUGAAGUCAUGAAUGCAUUGAAGAUAACUUGCAUCUACAAGUUUAAUGAUCAGUAUCAUCAAACUGACUCAUAUAGUGUAGAAUGGGUACAGAAUACAGAUGACCUUGGCUGGACAAAAAUGAUAUCCUUUUUGCCUAGCAUCAUUCCUGCUUAUUUCCCAUAUUGUAUCGCAGUCAAGCAGAAAAUGUCAAUGGACAGACUUCAGGACUUGACCAAGGUAAGUAAAGGACUUGCAUAUAUAUAUGUUAUUCCUAAUAUAUAG